GUAUUCGCGCCGAGUAUCUACGCGCUCACAAGAUUGUCCCGUGCAUCUAUACGCGAGCCGGCGAGUUAACAUAUAUAAAUAUUACGGAUAGUGAAUACAACAUGGAAACUGGAGCGCUCAGGACACCAAUACAAAGUUUUUAUGCUGGACAAUCAGUGUUUAUUACAGGGGGCACCGGAUUUCUCGGAAAGAUUUUAAUUGAAAAACUGCUACGGAGCUGCUCCGACAUUGAAGCAAUAUAUUUACUGAUACGUUCGAAGAAAGAUAAAAGUCCCGAAAGUCGACUGAACGAAAUGUUUAACAGUAUACUUUAUGAUCGAGUGAGAGUGGAAGUAUCCAAUUUUCGCAAAAAAAUUGUACCAAUCAUGGGCGAUCUUGAAAUCGAAGACUUAGGACUGUCGGAAAAUGACAAGGAUAUAUUGAUACGUAAGAUAUCAAUAAUUUUUCAUGUGGCAGCGAAUGUACGCUUCAAAGAAAAAAUCAAAGUUUCUACAACAAUAAAUGUAAAUUCUACCGAUAUUAUUUUGAAUAUUGCUAAACGUAUGCCAAAUUUAAAGGUAAUUUUUCUUUUAAUAAUAUUUAAAAUAUUAAUAAUAAUAACAUUGCUCGAAACUAAAAUGAUUUUGCAAUUAUAAUCGUAUAUUUCUCAAAAUUGACAAGAUUAAGCAAUUUGAUAAAUUGUAUACUGUUAUAUUCAGCACUAAAAAACUACAACAAACAAUUACUCUCAUUAUUACAUGAAAUAAAUCAUUUUUUGUUUGACAGUAUAA